GCACAUUGCAUUCCUAAAACCUUUACUUUUUUUUAUUUGAAAUUUGGUUUGGCCUCACUUGAGAACUUAGCAAUCUAACAAUAUGUCUGUUGUCACUUAUAACGAUGAGUUUGAUUGCUCCGUGGCCCCUCGUAGGUUGUUCCGUGGAUUAUUCAUGGAUGCCCACAAUUUGAUGCCAAAGAUCAUGCCAAUAGUCAAGAGCGUCGACUUUGUCUCAGGAGAUGGCGGGCCAGGAAGCCUUCAACAAGUUAACUUCGUUGAUGGAUAUCAAAUGAAAUAUGUGAAGAACAGGUUGGAUUUCAAGGACAAAGAGAACCGUGUAAUAAACUAUACCGCGAUCGAGUCCGAUUCCUUUGGUGACAUAAUCGAUUACAUUAGAAGCGAGGUUAAGUUCGAUGCUGUCCCUGGUGGUGGUUCAAAGUGUACCAUAAAAACAACUGUUUGCCCAAAAGGAGAUGUUGUUCCUGAUGAAGAAACACUCAAGGCAGGGAAAGAAGGACAUAUGAAACAAUACAAAGCUGUUAUAGCUCAUCUCAUUGAGAACCCUGACCUCUAUGCCUAGUUUGCGAUCCAUGAGCAUGUAUACCACCCAGUCUACUAGUUAUCUUGUGUGCAUUUUGUUUGUGUUGUGUCUAUGGUGUGGUUUGUGCUCAAUAAGUUGGAAAAUAAAAAAUAAUGUGGUUACUCGAAUCCUUUUGAGUUGUAUUAUAAGUCUGUAAUGAUCCCAAAAAUGUAAGCCGGGUAGCCGUGUAAAAUCUUGAUGUUCUAUGUCGUGGUUGUAACGCUUAUGAUUUAUGGUGUAUUCUUUUGAUUUGUAAGUGAAUUGAAUAGGGUAUUAUACUGA